GUAUCAACAAUAUCAUUGAUUAAAAUAUCUUCAACGUUUGGUUGGACAUUUGUAUGUUCUCAUUCACAUCAUGGAUACUGAGUAUAAAGAACUGCACAGAGAAGCCAUAUCCAACCAAACAGGCUCAACGUUAAUUGAAACUUACACAUCUCUGUUUCCAUUGCCUAUUCAUAUAAUCAUAUUUAUUUGGAUAUCAGUUGAUACAGACUACAGCAAAAAACUCAACUCUCCGACAAUAUGGAUGUUUCUUUUUGAAGUUAUUACAAUGGUACUUCCAACUGUGUUUAAUUUCACAUUGUUUUCAGAUUAUUCAGUUGAACAGUUCUUAAUUUACAUGACAAUCUUUGGUAUUGCAUUUACUUGGAUGUUAUUGAACCACAAUUAUUUAUCUUCGAGUACUAUUAAAACAAAAAAAAACCCUUACAUGACAGUUUAUAGAUUUAUGCUCAAUACGUAUACAGUUUUUUGUAUAUUAGCAGUAGAUUUCAACGUGUUUCCACGUCGAUUUGCUAAAACAGAAAUGUAUGGACACGGUGUAAUGGAUAUAGGUGUUGGCUGUUAUGUUUGUUCUAAUGCAUUAUUGUUUAAUAUUCCUAAUACACGGAAUAUAAGUAAAAAUGUACUCAAAGUAUUUAAACAAGUUUUACCAUUGAUUAUGUUGGGAAUUGGUCGUACAUAUUUCGUAACAAAAGCAGAUUAUCAUCAUUACGUAUUUGAGUAUGGUGUACAUUGGAAUUUUUUCAUGACUUUAGCAUUCCUAAAAAUAAUUAAUCUAAUUGUUUUACCUUUUGUCAAUACUUGUUGUCUAUCUUGUAUUGCCACAAUUCUGGUCAUUAUUUAUGAAUUUGCUUUAAAUUUUGGACUUGCCGAUUGGAUUAUGAGUGAUGCUCCCAGAGACACUCUGUUCUCAGCAAAUCGUGAAGGUAUUUUAUCAUUAAUUGGCUAUGAAGCAAUUUUUUUAUAUUCUUUGUCAAUGAAAUCACGAUUGUCAAUUUUUAUGAAAAAAAAUCAUUUAAUAAACAGUAUUUUUCUUUUAGCAGUAACAUCGACUUUAUCUAUAGCUUUAUUUUUAUUGACAUUUGUCAUAAGUUAUAUUUUUGGUGUUUCUAGAAGAUUAGCUAAUGCUGGUUAUGUUUACUGGGUGUUAUCAAUGUCUUCAUUUCUUUUGUUUAUGUCAAUUAUGAUUGAAAACUUUAUAACUAUUCUUUUACUUAAGAUAGGACAAUUAGAUGAAUUUAAUAAAAUUUCACUUAUUAUAGAUAGUGUAAAUGAUAAUUUAUUAAUUUUCUUUUUAUUUGCCAAUGUUGUAACUGGAAUUAUAAAUAUGUGUUUAUACACUUUAGUAAUGAAUACUGUCUCUAGUAUAAUUAUUCUGUCUCUUUAUAUGCUUGUUAUUUACUUUACAAUAUAUAAAUUACAGCAUUAUAAAAAUAAAAUGUAUAAUUGAUUU